UUUCGCUGUCAGUCCGGAGGAGUUGACCGGAGCGGGCGCUGGAUUUGCCGAAAGACGUCCGCCAAAGUUUCCUGGAGCACAUUAUAGACCUGUUUAUCGGUCUGUUCUGACAGCAUCUUAACCCGAGAGCUAAACAAAGCGGCGGAAGCGGCUUAAUGUUUAAAACGCUUUCGGUUUUCACGUCUGACAGGACGACGCGCAUUAGCUAGCUUCGCUAGCGGCUAGCUAACACACAUUAGCGAGUUGGCUGCCGUGCAACGCUGAUGAGAGAAAUCGGACGGAUGAGUCGGACAGCGCAUCGCUAAAGGAUCAAACCCAGCCGCUGUCCGACCAUGCAGUCGGCACGGAGAGGAUCCCACUGCUUGGAAAUAGUCGAUAUUUACAAAAGAGGGCGAGAGUUGGGGGUCACUCCUCAUCCUUCGUCCCGGGAGCCUUAAAAACUACCACAGGAGCGGAGGGUGGCCAUUAAAGCCAUAUGAUGGAUGGGUAUGAACUUUAGCAGGCAGACAGAAAGCCAUGGAGGAGGUUGAGCAAGCUACUUGUGAGGUGAAGACUGAACCCCUGGCUGAGCUGACCGUGGUGCAGAGCGCCAUGGUAUUAACUGAGAUUCUGGAAGGUGAGCAGUCUCCCCAGCAAGACCUCAGCUUUCCUCCUGUCAGUGAAGACACAGCCUGGUUAACGGUUCAUGAAGGAGAGUCAACCUCCUCUGACUGUGGAGGAACAUCAGACCUUCAGGAGUUAGGCUCUGCCUCAGGUGAGGAAGGAGAAGGCAGCGAGGUCUCGGACACACUAGGGGCAGGAGUAUCGCCCAUCAGCAAGGGAUCAUGGGAAACAAGUCUUCAGAACGGGGAUGAAGUUGACAAAGAUAAACAACAGAAUAGCAGUCCUCCUGUAACAGACAGCACAUUCCCAGACCCUUUGCAGACUUCCUCUCUCUCGCUGUCUGAUCAGCUGAGGUUGGGCCGGGAUGAGUCUGACGGUGCAGGACUGAAUGUGGAGUGCAGGAUAUGCGGGGACAAAGCUUCGGGUUUCCACUAUGGUGUGCAUGCCUGCGAGGGUUGCAAGGGAUUUUUCAGACGCACUAUUCGUAUGAAGAUAGAAUACGACCGCUGUGAGCGCAUCUGCAAAAUUCAAAAGAAGAGUCGCAAUAAGUGCCAAUAUUGCCGCUUCCAGAAGUGCCUGGCUCUUGGCAUGUCCCAUGAUGCUAUUCGGUAUGGGCGUAUGCCUGAGGCAGAGAAGAAGAAGCUAGUGGCAGGGCUGCUGGCUGGAGAGAAGAGUCUGCUAAGCCCUGGAGGCUCUGAUCUCAAGACUUUGGCCAAGCACGUCAAUACAGCCUACCUUAAGAACCUUAGCAUGACCAAGAAAAAAGCACGAAGCAUCCUCACUGGCAAGACCAGCUGCACACCGCCCUUUGUGAUUCAUGAUAUGGACUCUUUGUGGCAAGCUGAGAAUGGCUUAGUCUGGAACCAGUUGAAUGGUGCGCCCCCAAACAAAGAAAUUGGGGUCCAUGUUUUUUACCGCUGCCAGUGCACCACAGUGGAAACCGUUCGAGAGCUCACAGAAUUUGCCAAAAACAUCCCUGGCUUUAUAGAUCUCUACCUCAAUGAUCAGGUAACCCUGUUAAAGUAUGGUGUCCAUGAGGCUAUUUUUGCAAUGCUGCCAUCCCUAAUGAAUAAAGAUGGACUUCUGGUAGCCAAUGGGAAGGGCUUUGUGACAAGAGAGUUUUUACGUAGUCUACGUAAACCCUUCAGUGAAAUUAUGGAACCCAAGUUUGAGUUUGCUGUGAAGUUCAACGCCUUGGAGCUGGAUGACAGUGACUUGGCUCUGUUUGUGGCAGCCAUCAUAUUGUGUGGAGACCGUCCUGGACUCAUGAACAUGAAGCAGGUAGAGCAGAUCCAGGACAGCAUCCUCCAGGCCCUGGACCAGCACCUGCAGGUGCAGCAUCCUGAUUUGCCUCACCUCUUCCCCAAGCUGCUGCAGAAGAUGGCUGACCUCCGGCAGCUGGUCACCGAGAACGCUCAGCUGGUCCAAAUGAUUAAAAAGACUGAAUCUGAGACGUCCCUCCAUCCACUUCUACAAGAAAUAUACAAGGACAUGUACUAAGUCUUACAGCUUAGUAGACUCUUAACCAGGACGGAAAGACAUGUAUAUUGUACCCAGGUCUACAUGGUGCUGUAGACACCUUGAGAUUUUUAUAUAGACUGCUAUGGAGUUUUACAGAUACUGUAUUUGAAAACUGACUUUUUUCUUAGGGAGAAGGUUUGUGGGUUUUUUCUUUUCCUUUUUUCAUAAUAAAUCUUAAUUUUGUCAUUAAGGUCCAUCUUGCUUAGUUUCCACCUGGUCAACAGCAUGGAGAUAUCACAAUAUAAUCCCAACAGUAUUCUGACUAAGAUGUGUGUUAUGUAGACACCUUUUUCCCCAGUGAUGCUCUGAAAUAGGCUUUGGUAAAUCCUAACAUAGUUUCACUAGAACGUCUUGCAUUGUGCAUUUAUCAAGGCUGCACACACACACACACACUUUUAGAGUCCCUUAAUUUGCCCGUUUUGUGAAUUUUGUCAAAGCCCCCAGUAUCGAACUCAGUGCCAGAGUGUUAUAGAAACAUUGUUUGAAUCAAAUGUUCUCACUUGUGUCCACGACCUCGUAGUUGCUUUGAAAGGAAAUGCUACAUUAAUUUUGUUUCCCUAACAUGUGCACACUGCUAAAUCAGAAUACUGCCUUAUUCACAGUGUUGUCCAUAUUCAGUCUAUUGUGUGCAAUUAUCUCUUCUAGUGACCUGCUUUUCAUUUGCCCAUAUAUGAUUGAGUUUCAAGUAGAACCGAUAUGUAAACAGUACAUCAGAACACACAGUUAAAGGGGCAUUCCAGCUUAAAACGAGCAUUUGAUAUGCUGUCAUGCUGUGUAAUAUUCUCUAGCACAGCACUGCCCUCCUCAGCCUCAUCAGUUUGACAGAAUCCACAAUUUAUCCUUUCUGUGUUUUGGUCCUUCAGUGUUCUCUCACUACAUUACCCACCAUGCAUUAUGCACAUAAAAAGACAUCCUGACUGCUGGCUUAGCAACUGAUUAACAGGCUAAAAAUAACAGCUGUGGGUUUCCUAGCAGUGCUGUUGGCCAUCUUUAAACUAGGAAAUCUCACCAUAGAAAAUACUUCUGCGCCACUGUAAGAGGCAUAUUUACAACCCAUGUAGAGGUUAAUGGUUACAUUUUAAAUUUUGGCCAGAAUGUCCCUUUAAGCCAGUCUUUCUCCUUUGCUAUUGACUGUGUCAUCUUUGUAGGAAAUGAUAUAUGCUGUAGUUCACUUUACGGAUUGGGUUCUAUGAGGAUUGUUUUGUGUGUGUGUGCAUAUGUUUUAGCCAUAUACUGCUAUUCUUGGACUGUUAAGAUCUAACAUUAUACUUGGGAAGCACACAGCACCUGCUGCAGACUCCAGAUAUCAAGCUAAGUGUUUCUGGAGAAUAGCAGCAAAUAAUGCGAAUCAUGUGUGGGAGUUUUAUUCUGAUGCAGAUGGGGUGAUGAAUGCCAAACUGCUUUAAUGAUGAAUUAAUUUCACUUAAGAUGCUUCAAAAUGAAAUUCUUCAGAACACUCGUGUUCAUUUCUUGUUCACGUGUCACCCUGUUAUACAGAUUUGUGAGUUCUUCCUUUUAAAGUCAAUAAUCGUGUAAUGUUGUAUGGCCCAAAGUUGCAUCCACAUAAAAUAGCUUAGAGGAUUUUAGUCUUUAACCCUACAGACAUGAGACUGGCUGUAUGAUACAACCACCUACAUAUCUGUAUAUUUCACCUAAUACGUUUUUUUUUGUUUUGAGUUUGUUUUUUUCCCUGUUUGAAGGCAUUUGAGAUGCUACCAUGUGCUGACAUAGUUUAUAUGUUUGCUGCUGUAAAGCUGAAGAGCACAAUACAAAUGACCUAUAUAACCAA